AGCGCUUUACGACACUGUUUUAAGGUUUUACGUGCAAGCCGUAGAGUGCGGCGUUGUUGAAGUAUAUACGUCUACAUUAAUCUUAUGAAAUUCAGGUGAAAAUGUCCAUUUUGGAAGCAGACGAUGUGCUGUACAGCAUUUUGGCAUUAGUCAUCAUUGAAAAUUCUCUAGAAAUCUAUAUAGCGUAUCGCCAGGUUAAAGUCUACCGUAGUGCUUUGGAUGUGCCCAAUGAGCUUAAGGCUCACAUGAGCUCGGAGACGUUCCAUAAGGCGCGCAAGUAUGGCUUAGAUGGGGAGAACUUUGGCAUCUUUAAGGCCUUGUUAAUGGACGUGCUACUUCUUUGUUUGGAACUAUAUAUUGGACUUAUUGCAUUGCUUUGGCAGAUGUCGGUAGAUGUAGUCGAACGCCUGGAAUGGGAUUCGAGCAAUGAGAUUAUUGUCAGCCUCGUAUUUGUGCUUAUUUCGAAUGUGUUGUCCACAUUCAAAUCGUUGCCAUUUAAGAUCUACAAGAUCUUCGUGCUGGAGGAAAAGCAUGGCUUUAAUAAGCAAACGGCUGGUUUCUUUGCAUGGGAUCAGGUCAAGGGCUUCCUGGUUACCCAGAUAGUGAUGCUGCCCAUUACAGCGGCAAUCAUCUUUAUUGUGCAGCGCGGCGGCGACAAUUUCUUCAUCUGGCUGUGGAUAUUUGCUGGCGUAAUCUCCCUGGUGCUACUCACCCUCUAUCCGAUCUUCAUUGCGCCGCUCUUCGACAAGUACACACCCCUGGAGCAGGGCCCAUUGCGUCAGUCAAUUGAGUCUUUGGCUGCUUCACUCAAGUUCCCAUUGACUAAGCUGUAUGUUGUGGAAGGAUCAAAACGCUCUUCACACAGUAAUGCUUACUUCUAUGGACUGUGGAAUUCGAAGCGUAUUGUGCUGUUCGAUACACUGUUAUUAAACAAAGGCAAACCGGAUGAUUCAGAUCUGAGCGACGAUGAGAAAGGCAAGGGCUGCACGGACGAGGAGGUGUUGGCUGUACUUGGUCAUGAGCUGGGCCAUUGGAAGCUGGGUCAUGUGACCAAGAACAUUGUCAUUAUGGAAGUCCAUCUUUUCCUCAUGUUUCUUGUCUUCGGCUAUUUGUUUAAGUAUGCUCCAUUCUAUGAGGCAUUGGGCUUUGAACCAGGCACGCGACCCAUACUCGUUGGUCUGUUGAUUGUCUUCACGUAUGUGAUGGCACCUUACAAUGCCAUCAUCAACUUUGCCAUGACAUUAUUAUCCCGUCGUUUUGAAUAUCAAGCGGAUGAAUUUGCCCAUAACCUGGGUUUUGAGAAACAAUUAAGCCGAGCAUUGAUCAAACUCAAUUUGGAUAAUUUGGGCUUCCCCAUCUUUGACUGGCUAUACUCCACCUGGAAUCAUUCGCAUCCAACACUGUUGCAGCGCUUGGCGCGUCUCAAGCAAUUGGGACAGCCGGAGAAGAAGACGCAGUAAACUAUGGGAUGGGCCUUUUAGCCCUGCAUGCAAUCGCAAGUGUGAAGACCAAAGUAUUUAGCUUCUCUCUCUGCCUAUCUCUCGCUGCUGUAAACCUUAUCCGUAUCGUAGUAGUCCCUCUCCUUUUUAGUUGUAUAUUGUAUAGAUUUCAAUAAAGCAUGCCGACUUGACCGAAAAAAAAAAAUAUAAAUAAAGUAAGGA